AUUCGCGCUAGUCCACGUCAAUUCAGUAGCUUCUAGCCCUCGGCGAGGGGCGGUUGUACGUUCCGACGUACCCGCGGUACGGUUUGACGAUCUCACGAACCGAGAAGUGAAGUUUGUAACAAUUGGUAAAACGCUUUACGAAACAAGUAACACCAAACAAUGUAAGUGGUAAUAGUGAUAAUUAAUUUAUGACUAAGUGAAAAUGCUAGCUUGUGUGUGUCAGCCAACAGAGACAGCAUUAUUAUUUAAAGGAGGACCACCGGUUACAAUGGGGCCACUUGGAUCUAGUAGUAAAAUACGUCAAAACGCAGCUGAAGUCAUGAAAAUAAGUAUUUUCCAUAAUCCCGAACAUAAUAUUAAUGAAGAUACGAAAGAGAGCACAUCAUCAUUGGCAUCAAUACCUUCGUAUGUUGAUUCAUCUGGUAACCUUUUAAAUUUAAGAAAAAUAGAACGUAAAGCAAAAUCCACUAAGAUUCUAGUCAAUCCUGUAUGUUCUGAUAGUAUUAGUGAUGAUAGUACUGCAUCAAAAUCAGUCAAUACUAAAUGGAACGGUAAGAAGAAACGUCUUAAAAUCGGAUUGGUCAAAAAUGAAAACAAAGACGGUUUCAGUGUAGAGCAUAAAGCAAUUAGUCGUGACGAAGCCAAGGAAGAUAAAAAACCAAUAUCGUGUUUUAAAAUCAAAAGCUGGGAAGAUAAAUCACGUACUAAUGAAGAUAGAAACUCAGGCCGAGAGAACUGUACGAAUGAAAAUGCAAGUAAUUCAAUGAGCACAGAAAAACCUGAUCUCAUUAGACAUUCAAGAAAAAAUAGCAAAGAGACUUUAAUAGACGAAGCCACUAUGACCGAUGCAUCCUUAGAUGAUCACUAUACAAGAAAGAUUGACAUUGUUAAUACCUCUUUAAAGGAAAAUCAGUUGGGGGAAGGGGUGGAGCUGACGCUGGGUGAACUUCGGGCGAUGGCGCUCCGACAGCAGCAGCAAAUUGACACCCAGCAUCAACUGCUAUGCGCUAAGGAGCAGAGGCUCCGGUAUUUGAAGCAGCAGGAGGCCCGGCAGCAUCAGGUGGCGGUAGAAGGCGAGCGGUUGCGAAGGCUGCGCGAGCGCGUCGAGGCGCAAGAACAGAAACUACGGAGGUUAAGGGCAUUGAGAGGCCAGCUUGACAGAAACAAACAAGCGAAUAUCGCUCUUACCAGUGACCUCGAGUCGAUACGAGCGUUGUUUAAUGAAAAAGAAAAAGAGCUGUCAGUGGCUGUGGCGAAGGUUGAAGAGUUGACGAGGCAGUUAGAAGAACUGAGGCGAGGCAGAGUACAGCCGGCUCCACCUUCAGCUCACGAGUUGGAUAAAUUAAGGCGGGAAUUAAUGUACCGGAACAAACUUAAUGAGCAGCAAAAUGGUCGACUAUCAGCACAACGAGCAGCGCUUGGUGCUCGACAGGAAGAAAUGCGUAGUAUAGAUCGACGAGUUUCAGAACUGCAAGCCAGAUUACUUCGGAAACGAGCACUCAAUAGACAGCUAGCAGCCGCUCAUAGACAACCGCAACCAAGAACGAACAAUCCCACGCCGAUGCAACAGCUACCAAAUUACCCAGCUGGUAACAACGCAGUUAGCCAACCAAAGAAUCAACAGGCACGUGGCAACGUAGCAGCUGUGGAGCCUUACAACCAUGUGCCACAUGCCCAAAGCCUUCACAACAAUAAUUUCCAAGCCAUGAAACAAAAUGUUUUACAAAACAACGUGCCAUUAAAACAGCUGACUCAAAGCGAUAACAUACAAAGUCAUUUAACGCAACAGGAAGCUCAUUUCUUGCAGCAGAAACAAAUGAUGAAUCCCUUAUAUAAUGGAAACUUCCCUCAUAUGCCGACUGUUCAAGAUAAUCAAUAUCAACAACAAUAUACGAACAAACACGAUGCCAACGCUUUUACUCACGUUCAGCAAGGUAUAACCAAUGCCUAUGAUCAGAAAUCAAUGUUCGAUCACAUAAACAAAUAUUCCGAAUAUCCUAAGCAACCUCAAUACAGUCCGAAUAGUACAAGCAGUUCUAAUAGCAAUCAAACGAGUAAAGAGCAAAAAAUUAAUGAACAGGAAUUUCCACCAGAGUUCGCGGCAAGUAAAUCCGAUCCUAAAUAUCAAACAUUGCCAUACAACACUAAAUUUCCGCAGAACACAAAUGGAAAAUUAAAACAAACCGAUUUGAAUGGGAAAGGAAGUGAACAGGAUUUAAAAAAUCAAAAUGCUUCAAAUAUUAACCAUAUGACGGUACACUCAACACCACUAUCGGUUGUUAAUAAAAGUUUGGCGACGCCCUUAAGUCAAAACGAAGCAACAUAUCAACAAGAACUUACAUAUCAAUUGCAAAAGUCGGAUUCAUCUAGUAGAUGUAAUCAGGAAGGGAAAGAAAACCAUGCAUAUCCACAGAAUUCUAGGUUAAGUCAAAAUAGCGAUGGGUCCAGAAACAACGGAGGGAAGAAUCAACAGGGCAAUGCCGUCAAAGGCAGCUCACCAAGCCUGCUUUCGAAUUCAACUUCUGCUGGUAGUUCAAUAGGAUUUGGGAAACCCGUAUCGAGUGUAGCACCUACAUCGGUUCAGGUAUCGAGUGGCAAACCAUCACCCAUUUAUCAGACAUCCUCAACAAAGAUCCAACCAGUUCAGCCACAAACUGUCCAGACCCAAAGCAUAUCUGUAUCUUCAUCGAAUCAUGUAACUAGUAACAUGGUAAAUUCCCAACCCCAGAUUGUUAGAAACACCGCAUCAGGAUUAUCAACUAGCACCCCGAGCUCGAACUUCAGUGGCCAGAAUGCAUCAUCACAAAGCAUAUUGUUGUCUCCACCACAAAGUGCCAGUACUCCGUUAUCGACACCAGAUGUUAGUGGAAGUGACAAAUCGCCGAAACCAGCAUUACCACCAAAACCUACAAUAAAGACUCCACCGAGACAAUCAGUUAACCACGAUACAGGCUUCGGUCAGUCAACGGAGACAAUUAAUAUGCCCACAAUAUCUAUCCCUGACUCUUCAAAUGAGAGCGAGUUACAGCAAAAUUUUAAAGAAAAUAGUAAUGGGAGUAAUAACGAGAUGAUAAUUAAAGCCCGUCCUUUGACCAUUAGGAAACCACCUCUUAGUGAACAACCGAAGCUUCGGAAUGUCAAUAAUACUAAAAAUGGUAUUAGCGUGAACAUGAAUCGGCGAAUAGAAAUGCCACCGGCGUUUUUAUUCCCCGAAAUGGAUCAUUUAACACUUGAUUCUGGGAAUGAAAUGCAAAAUGGUCAGAAAGAUAAAUCAAAAAUGAAAGAUGAAGUAGACAGAUCAAUCAAUAAUAACAUAUCUUUAAGUUCUAAUGAAAAACAGGACGACAGUAAAGAUAUCGUCGUUUCUGAUAUAACGGACCAAAUAAUUUCUGUAGAUUUGAACGGUCAAGAUUCUCAGAGAUCUGAGAAUGUAUUGAGACGGUCAAAAAAAGGGAAUUUAAAACAAGGAGGGAAAGCUCCACUAGCGAGGCGAGUAAGCUUCGAUCCUCUCGCGUUGCUUUUAGAUGCAAGCUUAGAAGGUGAAUUGGAACUUGUAAAAAAGACGGCAACUCAGGUACAAAAUGCAAGCGCAGCAAACGACGAGGGUAUAACAGCACUUCACAAUGCCAUUUGCGCUGGCCAUUUUGAGAUAGUCAAGUUCCUAGUAGAGUUAGGUUGUGAUGUGAAUGCACAGGAUUCAGACGGGUGGACUCCUCUACACUGUGCUGCUUCUUGCAACAACCUGCCGAUGGUGCGAUUUCUUGUCGAUAAUGGCGCUUGCAUAUUUGCAACAACACUGUCAGAUCAUGAAACCGCAGCAGAAAAAUGUGAAGAAGAUGAGGAAGGCUUCGACGGUUGCUCUGAAUAUCUUUACAGCGUUCAAGAAAAACUCGGCAUUAUGAACAAUGGUCUAGUUUACGCUGUGUUCUCAUACUCGGCCUCGCGUAGCGAUGAGUUGUCCUUCGAGACGGGCGCGAGACUGCAAGUAUUGAGGAAGGGAGACGACAACGAGCGGGAGUGGUGGUGGUGUCGAGACGACUUGGGGAACGAGGGCUACGUGCCUAGGAACCUGCUUGGGUUAUAUCCGAGAGUAACCCCUCAGCAGGAGUAAGAAUGUAAUUCUACGGCUUAAAUUAUGAACUUAUCAAUUGUAAAUACAUUGGGUAAUUUUUAUUUUUUAUGUAUUUAUAUAACUGUAAUCUAAUGAUAAAUAUUGUAUACAAUUUUAACAGAAUAAAAUAUUUUGUAAAUAUUUAAAUAAGCGAUUAAAGUUCAAAACGAAUGAGAUUAUAUUGUACAUUUUAUAAAUACGCGAGUCAUCAUUUUAAUUCGUAAUGAAAUUUGUAAUAUUCUUAGGAUUUCUGAAAAUAUUGUGAAAUAUUAUAAAUUGACAAUACAAGAUAAUGUUACAAACAAUA